CCCAUCGUCGCCAUUUUGAAGCGGUGCUUUUUUUUUCAAGGGAGGAAAAAAGAGGAGGAAGAGGAGGAGGAGGAAGGCGAGAUUAAAACCCAGUUCCUUCGGGAAGGUCAGAUAGUAUGGAAGCCGGCAACAAUAUUACAGCACUUGUCUCAAAUAUUGGGGAGCAAGAAGCGCUACUGAUCUCUGAAACAGCUUUAAGCCCAAACUCAGAAAGUGGUGAAGAUCGGAAGAAGUGUAACCCUGAUCCGCUAAUCCAAGUAAUCCAGAAGCUAAGCAAGAUUGUUGAGAGUGAAAAGUCUCAGAAAUGCCUGUUGAUAGGGAAAAAACGCUUGCAUCCUGACACAUCGCUACUGUCACUUGAGUCACAAAACCUCCCAGAGAUUCCUGCUAAAACCACUGAACUGCCUGCUUUGGGCACAAUUAAUAUAGAAGAUUAUUAUGUUACGGACAGUCCUCCACAGAGUAAAAGGAAGGUGAUUUGUUACCAGUGUAGUCUCUGUAAAUCUUUGUCUCCCACUCUUCCCCUAUUAAAAGAACACGUAAAACAACAUGGCCAGCAGAAUGAGGUGAUACUUAUGUGUUCAGUGUGCAGUUUUGCCUCUAGAAGCCUUGAAGACUUUGAGGCUCAUGUCAGGCAUCACCCAGAAAAUGGUGACAAAAUGCACACUCUAUCAAAGGAGCAGCGGUGUGUAGGUCUUUCAAGCACUGCUUGGCAUGAGCCAGUAGAAAGUUUUGUCAAAGUAGGCACUGGCACUGAUCAGGUGGCACAGCUUCAGCCUCAUAUGACAGAGAAGGGGAGGCAAAAAUGGUAUACUUAUGAACAAUAUGGCAUGUACCGAUGCUUAAUUUGUAGCUACACUUGUGGUCAGCAGAGAAUGUUGAAAACACAUGCCUGGAAGCAUGCAGGUGAAGUUGAUUGCACUUAUCCCAUAUUUGAGGAAGAAAAUGAGCAACCUACAUUGCCAGAUUCCACUGUUUUAGAUGUUCCUCACAGCUUGGAUACUGUUGUUAUUUCAUUGGAAAAUAAUGAAUUGGGUCUCUGUAGUGACCAGACUGUUCAGCUCCACAUUUGUGAUCCCAAGCAGAUAACUUACAAUCCUUUGCCAGCAGAAGAGCCUGUAAAAGAAGAGGCAAUCCUAGAUCAAUCAGCUGCACUUUCACCCACAGGGAAACUGUUGGAGGAGACUGUAUCUGAUACAGACUUCGAGCAAGAUAGUGUGACACCUGACAGCUUACUUUCAUCAGCCCAGAAAAUCAUUAACUGCAGCCCAAAUAAAAAGGGUCACGUUAAUGUCAUAGUAGAACGUUUGCCAAAUGCUGAAGAGCCUGUCUUGCAGACACCUUACUCAAUGGAUGCUGAAAUGGAAGUGGAAAAAAAGAUAAUGUCUGAGCAGACUCACAUUGCUCAAGGUGGAUCAGGGGACAUUUAUCAUAUGGAUAAAAACUCUGUUGAACUUGAAGAAGUAAUAAUUGGAUGGAGCAGCACAGAAAAGAAAGAGGGUGACUUAAAUCCUGUCAGAGCCAAAGCAGCUGAUGAAAAUGCUCCUCCUGCAAGAAGAAGAACCAAUUCUGAAUCUUUGAGAUUGCAUUCGCUAGCUGCAGAAGCUCUUGUCACAAUGCCAAUCCGAGCUGCAGAGCUUGCUCGAUCAAGCCUACGGGCCUUUGCUGAGGUGAACUCUUUAGGUUCGGACACUGGCCAUAGGCAAACAGAAAGUGGCUACGUAGCCCAUUCUAAAUUGGUAACAUCCCUUGAAGCUGAAGAACUGACAAGCCUAAGCCAAACUGACUGUACUUUCAUGGAAAUACAAAAGGAUAAACAGGAGUUAACCGAAGGGCCCAUUAAAAUGGGCAUUAGCAUGUCACUGCUCACUGUCAUUGAAAAACUGAAAGAAAGGACAGACCAGAAUGCUUCUGACGAUGACAUUCUGAAGGAGUUGCAAGACAACGUUCAGUGCCAACCUGGAACAGAUGCCAGCGUGCUGGGGAGUAACUUGGUAGAAUAUAUCCCCAAUGAGGAUCGUCCAUUCCGGUGUCGCUUGUGCCAUUACAGCAGUGGCAACAAGGGGUACAUCAAGCAGCACUUGCGGGUACACCGCCAGAGGCAGCCUUACCAGUGCCCAAUCUGUGAACAUAUAGCUGACAAUAGCAAGGAUUUGGAAAGCCAUAUGCUCAACCACUGCAAAACCCGAAUGUAUCAGUGCAAACAGUGUGAAGAAUCCUUUCAUUACAAGAGUCAGCUGCGAAACCAUGAGAGAGACCAACACAGCCUUCAAGAUAUGUACUCCGUAGCCUCAUCUGACAGUCUAAUAACUUGUAGUGAAGUGGGUGAAAGAGUUGGGGAUAAGAUUUCAGUCCAGAAACUUUACAGAUGUGAUAUUUGUGAUUAUACAAGCACAACAUACGUUGGUGUGCGAAAUCAUAGGCGGAUUCACAACUCUGAUAAGCCAUACAGAUGUCGAGUAUGUGACUUUGCAACAACUAAUAUGAAUAGUUUGAAAUGCCAUAUGAGGCGCCACCCUCAGGAGCACCAGGCAGUUCAGCUAAUGGAGCAAUUCAAGUGUUCUCUGUGUGGAUAUGUAUGUAGCCAUCCUCCGUCACUGAAGUCUCAUAUGUGGAAACAUGCAAGUGACCAAAACUAUAACUAUGAACAAGUAAACAAAGCUAUUAAUGAUGCAAUUUCACAGAGUGGCAGGUCCCCUGGUCAGCUUCCUGGGAAAAUGAUAACUGAAUGCUCUGAAGAAAGUUCAGUUCCUGUGACAGAUAACUCGGAGGGCUUGGCAUCGUCGGACUGCUGUAACCAGAAUGCUGUCAAAACCAUAGGUUGUGAUGAAAAUCAAAAUCCUGCUUCUACAACAAAUAUCUCAUGCAAUUCAGAAAAAAACACUAGCCUGUCCCACCUUGGCACAGAAUACUGCGUCCUCCUCUUCUGCUGUUGCAUAUGUGGAUUUGAGUCUACCAACAAAGAGAAUUUGUUGGAUCAUAUGAAGGAGCAUGAAGGUGAAAUUAUAAACAUCAUUCUAAACAAGGAUCAUGCUGCAGCACAGAAUAUCAGCUAGAUGAAAUUGAAUGGUUAAAGAUUUCUUAAAGAUUUUCUGUGCUGUCUGUCAUUUUUGAAAUACUUGCUAAAGAGAAGAACUGUGAGUAGAACAAACAUAAAACAGCAAUGUUCCCACAUUCACAAGUCUUUGUGUCAACAAGAAAGCCAAUUAUUUUAUAAGCUCUCAAAGCAACUGAACAGUAAAUACUCCAUUGAAGGUAAAGGGCCACUGAAACUGUUAUCCCUUGCUGACAGAGACAAUUUCAAUGCCUGUUCCUAAUCCAAAGCAUAGUAUUAUAAUAGGAAAUUCACACUAAGGUGUUAACUUAAAAGGUUUAACCUUCAUGCCUUGAAACUAUCUAAAGUGUGUCAAAUUCAUUUCAGAUAAAUAUUUUUUAAAAUCCGUCUGAGCAACUAUAAGUUUAUGAAGCAGAAGUUUCUGAGAGAGAGAAAAACUGAGCAACCUUAUGAGUUUCCUAGCUUAAUUUCUUCUUUUGCAGAAGAGAGGAUAAUUUCUGCCUGUUCCUGUUGAUGCAGACUGCAUGAAACAAGUUGGUAUCUCACUAAUUAUUUGGUUGACUAGAUAUGGGUUGGGGGUUUUUUUACCCAGUAUAAGAUGCUACAAUAAGAUGUUCAGAAUUGCAUUUAGAUGUGUCUUGGUCAAUCCUUACAGUUCACCAAUACUUAUUUAAUACUGGCUUCAUAUGCAAGCAGACAUUUAACUAUUGGUAUUUCAUUUCAGUACACUGGAAGUGCCAUAAUAUGGAGGAGCAGGAAGAAAAAGUUAUCUACAAGUGGUUGUAGAUAACUUUUAAAGCAGAUUGACAGACAAUACAAAAAUAAGUUUAAUUCUCUUGAAAUUUCAUUUAGCAUUUCAAAACACUCAGUUUGAGAUUAUGGGAUAUCAGAUAAAAAUACAGCUGGUUGGAUCUGUGCGCUGAUUGCUUCCCAACAAUGUGAGGGUUCCUUCCAUCUAUAGAAUGAUUCUGGUCAUGUGGAGGAACUGUGUUAGCAACAUUUUGGAAGAAAUGAUUUUCACCUCCUCUCCCCUCAUGGUCUCUGAAAAUCUGCUCUAGAGGUUUGAGGGUCCAUCUGGAACACAAGAGGAGACAACGCUAGAGGCCUCAGGGCAAGAAAGAAAUCAGAAUACAUCACCAUCCUACUUCUUCGUACUAGGGCAUUCCGAGUUGAAUUCCACUCAGGAGCUAUAUUAGGGGAAACACUCUAGUCCAGUUUACUGGAUAUUACCAUAAAUAAACUAUUCUUGUUUUGAAUUGGUUAUAAAUUGAUAACUAUUGCAUUGUCGUAAUAUAGGGCCUGAAAAACUGGCUUCCACGUGGCUUGGGAGCAUGGCAUUUAGAUGCUGCACAUCCCCAAGCUGCCCUGGCUGACCAAAUGUGGAUGGCUUCAAGAUGUUCCAGGGGUGUGAUGUUUACAUGCUGCCGGAACAGCUUGAAGCUGCCAUUGGGCUGCAGCCAGGCCACCUGAAACAGCUUUUUGCCGGUCAAAAUAGGAGCAGAUCUUUUCCAUUCCUAUUUCGGCUGGUUCCAGGGCAUGUUAUUGCUGUAGUGUGUGGUUGCCGAGCAGCCCUGGAGCGUCCCCAAUCUGCCUUUUUCAGGUGGUCUGUUUCACCCCAUAGUUGCUUCAUAAAAGGGUCACUUCUGGUCAUGCUAAAUGUCUUAAGAUUUUUCUUUAGUUGGAUUCUACACACAUUUUGUUUUAAUUCUGACUUUGAACAGCAUCACUGGGGAGCUAAACAGCCUGCUUUAACCUCUGAUGUUACUUCAAGAAAUUGCCAUCUUGCUUCAUUUGGGUAAAGCCCUAUCGCAGUUCCUUCUGUGUCACUGCAAGUCCUUUUGCUUGAAUAGUUUACAAAGAGACUGUUUGCAAAGUUGAGUUGGUUUUUAAAAAGCUGCAGAACAUAUUUCUUCUGUACUUAUCAAAUAUUUCUAAUUAUAUUUCAGCACAAAUAAGCUAGUACCUCACAGUUUUUAUGGUGCUACUUGAGUCUAGCUUUCCACCUCUAAACCUUUCUGUACUGUGAAAUUGGACAAAUGGAAAUGACAUUGCAUAUAAUUUUCAAGCUUCAAAUACCUAAUACAGAAAUUGUUCAAGGCAUUUUGUAAAACUAUCCAAACAAGGAUGACUCCAUUUUGGAUUAUUUCAUCUAUGUAUUUCUAAAAUCUUUGCAACGAUAUAUUAAAAAGAUUGAAAGUGUUGCCAUAUAACCUAGAGUUUACAAAAAAUAUUUCAGAUAUAUGAAAAAUAGGAUUUAAAAUUCAGAAGCUUUUAUAUUCUUGUGAAACAGAACAUACAGGAGAAAUUGGGAGGUAAUAUUUAAUAUGAAGGGUGCUAAAUUUUACAACUUUGUUUUGAUUUUAAGAUGGAUCAAAAUUGGUCAGUUACAAAAUUUGAUAAGGUACAUCUAACUGUUACAUUCUAUAUUCCUUUUUCACAUUAGUAUGGUAUCUUCAAUAUAGACUUCUGAUGUGCUCAGAAAUGGGAAAUUAAAAGUUCUCCACUAGUUCAGGUUUCUUGAAGUGCUACUACAUCAAAAAGGUUUACAGAAAAAUCCAGAAACAGUUUCUCAUUUCAUAUCUUACAAUCAAAAUAUUACCAUUCCAUCUCUCCAGUCUUUAUAGCUUCUGUUCACUGGAGUUUAGUUUAAGAUUUGGUAACAAUUACUAAGGCAACCUAUUAAUUUUUUAAUUUGUCUUUUCAAAACUUUGGUGAUAGUCCUUUGCCAUGAACAUUUUUUCCAUAAUGGAUCAUGCCUCUUUAUUACACUACAAGAAGAUUGUGAAAGUAUGAGUUUUAUGAAACAGUGAAGUUCUUAGUGAAAUUAACAAUUCAUUUUAAGCAUGCAGAGCUUUUUUUUAAGAACACAAUUUGUGAAUACCAAUAAAAAUCAAUUUUGUACAUGGAAAUAUUCAUUGACUUUUACUAUUAAAUUGUAAAAUAGGACAUUUUAAAACAGACUAUAGCCUGAGUACUAAAAGUUUGAGAUUACCUUCAUUUGCACAAGAACUGGGCCUACUUCAUACUGACAUUUCAUUUCAGCAUCCAUCGUAUUGCUAACACUUCAUACCUCCAAUGCUCGUCACAUUGCAGUCUUGAGCAUGGAAUAAGUUUCUUGAUCAUGUUACAAGCUUUGGAAAGUGUUGGGGUGUGGACAACUUGAGAAGAGGGAUUCCUCUUCGUCAUCGGCAUUUUCUUCUUUUAAGAGCACUUUUCAGAUACGUGGCAUGUCUUCCGUUUUAAGAUGCUAGAAAUGCUUGGACACAUACUGCUAACUAUGGCGUGUUUUUGUUUUAAUUUGAUUUAUGUAGGUGUAGAUUCUGUGUUCUGAGUUAUAUUUUCUUCCUUUGUUCCUAGCUCUGUGGGUUCCAUUAUGGAUAAACCUUCCGUUCAUACUCUGCUAUAUUUGUGUAUAUUUAGUUGAGAUCAACUGAAAUUAAUCUCAAACAGAUGUGAUACAGAUAGCAACCUUACAGUGCAGCAGUAUUCAAUGUAUUCAGCCAUCCUCAGUGGGGGAAACUUGAGAGUGUGCUGCAUGUCUUUGAGCCGGUUAAAUAAACUUGAAAUACACUAAAGACUAGCAUGCUGUGGGACAUUUAAGAGACUAGUAGAACACUUGCUUACCUUUGCCUUAUCCUGCUUUCAGACCCACUGAUUUUCUGCACAUAACAAGCAGUAUUUGUUAACCUACAAGGACAUUUAGGCCUUUAUAUGUUUAGACCCCAAACAAACAUUGCCUCCAAACCUUUUGAAACCUCCUGUAAGUUUGGAAGCCAGACAAGCAUACCAGGCAUGUAGAAUGGAGUGGUGAGUUCCCUUCCCCUACCUUGUCUGAACCAGCUUUUUGGUUAUAAUAUAAGUAACUUACUUGGAAAUGUGCUGUUUGAAUUAGUGGGAUUUGCUUUUGAUGAAGUAUGGUUUCAACAGCUUCACCAACGGAGGCUUUUUAUUCUUGCAUCUGCACACAUUGUUCUCAGCUUGAAAGGCAGGUGUGGGAUUCAGCCAGUUACUGCAAUUUAAAGCACUUAUUUAAUCAUUUAAAAAUGUACAGUUGGUGCUUAAAGUAAUGUUAAGCUAUAUUUAAUAGAAUUUUGCAUUUGAUAUUCAUGGGCAUGGGUACAUAUAUAUAUAUUUUUAAGAAAAGGAAUUGUAAUACUGUGGCACCGCUUUUUAUAGCCAAAGUAUAAAACUUUUAGAAAAACUGACAUGUAAAAAAAAAUACUGAAGAUACUGCUCUUGCUGUAUUUUAUUCAUAGAAUGGCUUAUUUUAUAAAGAUCUUUUCCGCACAUUAAGCUGCAUGCCUUAAGUUCUCUCUCCAGGAUUGUCUUGUUUGGAAACUAUGGAUGCAAACUUUGUAGUACUAUUUGGACUACCUUCUGAAAUACUGUACAUUGUUAUAAUAAUUUAUUUUGCUUUACAGAAGUUCUGUCAUGUAUUGACUAAUUGUAUUUUGGUAAUAAACUCCUUUGUUGAACACA